UUUUUACAGCCGACGCUAGCUGGAAGUUACGUCUCCAUGCAGCCUGCAUGAACGGUAUGGAGGAAAAUGGGACGCCGCCGUACUGAUGUGUCUCGGUGAACGGACCCGCACGGCUCCUCCAGUUGUCGGUGGUACAUGCACACUGCUACCUUGCUGCCUCCCGGCAACUGUCAUGCCUUAUGGAAUAUUCACCCACCACCAAUGACAUUGCAGCGGGACCCAUGUUUACAACGACCGUUCAUUUUGCUAACAAAUAGCCUCAUAUUGGCUUCUUUUGAAUUCGGCUCGCUCCCUUUGCAAAGCACACAAUCAUAAAUUGCAACAAAAAAAACCCUGUGCUUGUUGUUAUCGGCCGCGAUCAACUUUUCUCCCUUCGCAAAGAGGCUGGCCCCUAUCAUGAGAUUCCGAAUCUACAAGAGGAAGGUGGUGAUACUGACGGUGGUGGUUGUCAUCUGUGGCCUGGCUUUCUGGAGCAGCGGAAGGCAGAAGAAGAGCGACGGCGGGUCGGUCCCCAAGGAAGCCGAGGCGGCGAAGAGAAGCAACAGCGUUAGCAGCAGCGUUAGCAGCAGCAUUAGUAGCGUCAACAAUCAUAUCCUGGUGCCGGCUACACCUGCAGUCGUGAGCAGGGCGCCUGCUCCGCUGCCUGUGAUACAAGUGAAUGACACGCACACGGAAAAGGCAAAGGACAAAGAGAAGAUACCCAAACCAGAGGCCGACAACGCCACUCUAGUCUACCGCGGCAUCGUCUUCCAGCUCAACUUCGACCAGACGAUAAGAAAUGAGGAGAAGUUCAAGGCGGCGCGACGGAAGGACGAUUUGGUUGUGGUGGUUCAGGUCCACAACCGACCCGACUACCUGAAGCUAUUAGUGGACAGCUUGCGGAAAUCCCGAGGCGUGGAGAGCAUACUGCUGAUAUUCAGCCAUGAUUACUGGUCCCCUGAGAUAAAUAAAGUGGUGGCCACUGUUGACUUUUGUCAGGUACUUCAGAUUUUCUUCCCCUUCAGCGUUCAGCUGUACCCCCAGGAGUUCCCCGGACACGACCCCAACGAUUGCCCCAGAGACAUUCCCAAAAAUGACGCCUUAAAGCUGGGCUGCAUCAACGCGGAGUACCCCGACUCGUUCGGCCACUACCGCGAGGCAAAGUUCUCGCAGACCAAGCACCACUGGUGGUGGAAGCUGCACUUCGCAUGGGACAGAGUCCGCGUCCUGAAGGAGCACAAGGGUGCGAUGCUGCUGAUCGAGGAGGACCACUACGUGGCCCCGGACUUUAUCCACCUGUUGAAGCUGAUGGCAGCUCUCAAAAGGGAGCAUUGCGCCGACUGCGACAUCCUCUCGUUGGGGAGCUACAGCCACAUCGGCUACUCCAGCAAAGCCAACAAGGUGGAGGUGAAGGCCUGGAAGUCCACUGAGCACAACAUGGGCAUGGCUCUGAGCAGAGAGACGUACCAGAAGCUCAUCCAGUGCACCGACACAUUCUGCACCUAUGACGACUACAACUGGGACUGGUCCCUGCAGCACCUGACCGUGUCCUGCCUGCCCGCCUACUGGAAGGUCAUGGUGAGCGAGGCGCCCCGGGUUUUCCACGCCGGAGACUGCGGCAUGCACCACAAGAAGACUUCCUGCAUGCCCAUCAGCCAGAAGACCAAGAUCGAAAACAUCCUGCAGGCCAGCGGGAACCAGUUGUUCCCAAAGAACCUGCUGAUCACAAAGAGACUGCCGGCCAACGGGGCGGGAGGCGUGGCCCCGCAUGUGAAGAACGGGGGCUGGGGAGAUAUCAGGGACCAUGAACUCUGCAAGAGUUAUGUUCGAUUACAGUGACCUUAAUUGCUACCAUUAUAUAUUACUGUCUCUUUUGCAUCCUCCCUAUAAAGAAAAGAAAAAAGCCUUUUAAAAGUAAAUCUUUAUGGACUAUUCUUCCUAUUGCCUGUUUUACCGGACUGUUAAAAAAAUAAAUAAAGACGAAUGUUG